ACGAAUCUUGAAGUAGUAUGAUGAGAGAGAACUGUUUGAGAAAAGAUGAUACACAUUCCUAUAAGAGGAAUCACCAAGUCUUUGCUGUGUUUAUGUUUGGUGGUCGUGGCUACAGUAUCAUACAAACCUGAUAUUGACGAUUCAGGUAGACCAUUUAGGAAUGCUGGAAUACUUAGAUUAUUUUAUGAGUUGAAUGAUGUGAAAUCUGUUUUCAGAAUGCCUGAGUACUCACAUGUACCAGGCUGUCAGAGAGUUUUAGAUGUCUUUGAGCAUGAAUGUUGCCCAUUUGAAAAGAAGUUUAUCACAAAAGAUGUCAGUACUUCAAGGUUUCCUUUCAUUGUGUUCGAGGGCAACCACAGAAUAAGCACAUCGAUCCUGAGCAAGCGGUUUUCCAAGAUGAUCACGGCCAGUUACUUCUCUAUGGCACCGCCUUGCCUUAUCCCCUACCGAAAGCUGUUCACACCCAAGGACUUGUUGCUGAGAAGGGCUUUCUUCAGUUUAGCAGUUUACGCCCUUGGUUACCAAGCAGCAGAGUCUCUCCAGAGGUGGCCUGUGGUGGUCGCAAGCUACUGGAAUCAUCAAGCCAUUUUUGCUCUGACCAAACUGCUGAAUGACUCCGACCUGCCAGAACCUGGAUCCGGCUUCUACUCGCUGUGGCCCGAGGACUUGGUUAAGCCUGACAUCCUCUUCUACGUCAACUUUCCCGAUGACCUACACUUCCAGCCUGUCACCACGAGGAGGCCAAAUUCCUGGAAACCUCGACUGCUUGAGUUCUACCGAAGACUAGAGCAACCUCUGACAAUAGAGUUGAACACCAAGGACGGCUGGGACAGGGCUUUGCAAGAUGCCAAAGAACAUGUCAUUAAGUAUUUGGGUUCCACAAAAACAUUUACAUUGAAGAACAUUACUUUCAGAACUUAUGGAAAUAGAUAUAAUAGAUCAGUGCGUCCUGUGGAACAGUCAGAACUCUGGUAGAGAAAAAUUACAUCAUUGAGAAAAUUAUUCAAUAGAGAGAUGCAGAAAAACCUACUGAAAACUCCAAUCUACUAGACUCAAGUGUUUAUUUCAUCAAAUAUAAUGAAGUUAUUUAUUUUUGUAUAAGAUUGCCAAGAGUCUGUGGUGACAUUUUAGUCCAGAAAUUAAAAAUAUGUAUUUUUAAUAAUAAUUAUGUUAACAUUACUACUAUUACUUGUCUGUUUGCUUCCUAUCUUAAAAAAAUUAUUUCUACAACAGGUAUCUGAACAGAUGAGUAAACUAUCUGUAGCAAAUACUGUUGUAGGCUACUAAAGUAUUCAGUAAUCAAUUAUUAAUUAACAAUGUUUCCAUAACUAAGGUACAUUCAGACAAAAGUGGGCUUUAAAGUCCAUUUUUCUUACCAAAGUCCAAUUUUACUAAUAGUUCCGUAGCCACUACCAACCAAUGAAAUCCAAUAAUUUUACAUGGAUUCUAAAACACGAGGGUUCUAUCACAGGAUUUAUUACUAGAUAUUUAUAACCAUCUUUUCAAUGUCUAACUUUAUUCCUUCAUUAUCUGAGGGUGACAAUCUUCACAAUUUUCAGAUUUGUUUUUUUACUCUAAGGUUUUUUGUAAUAAAGUUGUUAUAAAUUAGGAUUUUUCAAAGAUUGA